CUCACAUUAUCUAUUGCCCGAGCAGUUUCUAGACGAUUACUUGCCAAUCAAUCCUACAUUGUUAUCCGGUGUGCAUCAACCCCGCGGAGAACUUAUUUUUCUCAACCUUCUACUCUUUCAAGAUUUUUCGCUUCUGAAGCUGCCUCUUCAAAACCCGAUCUGAAAGUCAAACGAUUUGAAGCCGAUACUCACAAGUUGUUGGAUAUCGUAGCAAAGUCUCUUUACUCCGACAAAGAGGUAUUCAUUAGAGAGCUCAUUUCAAAUGCCAGUGAUGCUGUUGAACGUUUGCGUUUUUUGCAAACCUCUGGUGGUGUCAAGGGUUCUGAUUCACCUCUUGAAAUUCACAUAACAACCGAUGAAGCAGCGCACACUCUGACAAUCAGUGAUAAUGGCAUUGGUAUGACCGCUGAGGAAAUGGAGAAAAAUCUCGGAACAAUCGCCAAAUCCGGUUCGAAAGAAUAUGUUGCCCAGUUGAAACAGAACAACAUCUCCGGUCAAGAUUCAUCUAAUAUCAUUGGCCAAUUUGGUGUUGGUUUUUAUGCCGCAUUCAUGGUAGCUGAUAAGGUUGAAGUUCAAUCUGUAAGCCAAGUUGAUGGGAGUGAUCGCAAGGGGCAUCGUUGGGUUUCUACUGGGUCGGAUGGAACAUAUUCCAUUUCAGAAUGCCCAGAAGCAACUCCUGGAACUAAAAUAAUCCUCCAUUUGCGGUCUAAUUCAACCGAGUUCGCUAAAUAUUCAACUGUUGAAGCUAUCAUUCGCAAAUAUAGCAAUUUCAUUGGUGUGCCCGUUUUCCUCAACGAGAAACAGAUUAAUGUGGUUGAUCCCGUUUGGACGAAGGAUCCUGCCAAGGUGACUGAAGAAGAAUACAAGGCUUUCUUCCAAUUCAUCUCUGGUAACAAGUACGAUCACCCGAGGUAUAGGAUCACGUUCAAUACUGACUCUCCCAUCAACAUUCGGGCCCUCUUGUUCAUACCGACAAAUAAACCGAGUAUAUUUGACAUGGCUAAGGAGGGUGAUACUUCAUUGUCUCUUUACAGUCGAAAAAUCCUUAUUAUGAGCAGGGCUAAUCGACUCCUUCCAAGGUGGUUGCGUUUUGUUCAUGGAAUUGUGGAUAGUGAGGAUAUUCCGCUCAAUUUGAGUCGUGAAUUGCUACAGGAUCAUGGUCUGAUAAAGAAGAUUAAUCGUAUUCUUACGUCUCGUGUACUUCGUUAUCUCGAGAAUGAGGCCAAACGCAACCCAACAGACUUCUCCGUUUUCUUGAAUGACUAUGGCCUCUACUUGAAAGAGGGUAUUGUGACUGAACCCGAUCAAUCUUCUCGAGAGGAAAUUGCCAAGCUUCUUCGUUUCGAAAGUUCUAAAUUCCCCGAAGGCGAAAUGACGAGUUUCGAUGAGUAUGCUUCGAGAAUGCGUGCUGGCGAAAGAAAUAUCUACUUCUUGUCUGCUCCUAAUCGAGAACUUGCUGAAAAGUCGCCUUACUUUGAGGCUCUAAAGGAGAAACACGAUGAUAUUGAAGUUCUCUUUCUGUAUGAGCCUUACGAUGAAUUGGUGCUGAUGAAUUUGGGUCAAUACGAUCGAAAAAAUCUGUGUUCUCUUGAAAAGUAUCUUGCAGAUGAUGCUUCGGACACUGAUAGUGUUGGGAAAUCGGAAGGUGAUCGUAUUACUCAAGACCAGGCUAAUAAACUCUCACAAUGGGCUGAGAAAACUCUGGGCCAAAAGGUCAAGAAAGUGAAGGUAACUCAACGCCUGGCACAGCAUCCCUGCUGCGUUCAAGUUGCUGAGGCUGGUGCCAUGCGUCACUUGCUGCGCACCUCCCUGAUGGGUCGUCCAUCUUCCGAGAAGUACCUUGUGAUGCAACCCACUCUGGAGUUGAAUCCUUCUCACCAACUCAUUCGCUUUCUCUCCCAACUUGUCUCUUCGGAAGGACCCAAUCAAGCGCAGGAUGAUAUUCUUGCCACUGCGCUAAUCAAUUACCUCCUGGAUGCUGGUAUGGCUCACGCUGGUCUACUGGAUGAAAACCGCGAGAUGGUAUCUCGAAGUUCUCAACUUCUUACUCUGCUCUCGGAACGGAUUGUGGCUGGUGAUAAAAAAUCGGAGCAGGAAUAA